AUCGGACAUCGCCACUGCUGCUCAGUGCUCACCACAAGAGAAGAAGAACAGCUUCUAGCAUACUCACAGCAGCCAAAACAACAUCUGUAGCACAUCAUUUCAUCUCACCGGUAAAUGCCUGAAGAUUCAACAUGGUUUGCGGAGGAUUUACGUGCUCGAAAAACGCCCUCUGUUCGCUAAAUGUAGUUUAUAUGCUGGUGGGUCUCCUGUUGAUUGUCGUAGCAGCAUGGGGGAAAGGCUUCGGCAUUGUCUCCAGCAUCCACAUCAUCGGCGGCGUGAUUGCCGUGGGCUUCUUUCUGCUGCUGAUUGCCAUUGUGGGACUCAUUGGAGCCAUCCAUCAUCACCAAGUCAUGCUUUUCUUUGUAUCCUUCAGAAGCCUUUGUACUGCCUAUCUUAGGAGUUUGGCUGGCCAUGCGCUUCAGGAACCAAAAGGACCCGAGAGCGAACCCCAGUGCAUUCUUAUAGUCUCUCAGACCGUCUGUCCUAAACUACGUUUAGUGUAG